CUCUCAGCUAACCCAGGAAGCAGUUCGUCUUCACCAGCAUUUCUCCGGUAGACGAAUGAGGAACUUCAGCUAACGCUACGCUUACACAGUCUUUAUCAUUGCAGUAUUUAUUUUACGGAUUACUCAGGCAUGAUGUGGCCGUCUAAGCUCCACCACACCUGCAGAUGAGGACGCUGCUUUUUGGUGCUUGGGUGGUCUUCUAUGUAUCGGCUCUGCUAGCAGCGCGAAGGAUGUGGUCUGGAAAGUAUGUCCGCAGUCCGCUGGCUCGGGCUGCUUUGAUGGUGACCAACACUGAGUUCACAGGACAUGAAGUUCAAGAGUGGUACCGUUGCUGUCCUGACAUGCUUGGAGAGACAGUUCGGCCGCUGUUCGUGCAGAGUCAGUUAGACACAGAUACGCAAGCUUUUCUUCAGAGGAGUGUGGAGAAAUCUGGCUGGCUUUUCACCCAGCUGUACCACUCACUGUUCUCUACCAUCUUCAGCCCCAUCGUCUCAAGAACAUCUAUCAAUGGGUUUCUGGGCCGUGGUUCCAUGUUCGUCUUCUCAAGGGAUCAAUUUCAGCUCCUCCUCCAAAUUGAUCCUGACUGGAAAGGAGAAAGACUUCUGGACCUCGGCGCUGGGGAUGGAGGUGUCACAGAUGUCAUGGGCUCUCAUUUCAGAGAGGUUUAUGCCACUGAAGUGUCUCCUCCAAUGAAGUGGCAGCUCCAGAGAAAGAACUACAGGUUGUUGGAGAUUGAUGAGUGGCAAAGGACAGGGUUCCAGUAUGACCUUAUUAGCUGUCUGAACCUGUUGGACAGGUGUGAUGAACCGCUGAAACUACUUCAGGACAUUAAGGAAGCUUUGGUACCAGGCUCAGGGAGGCUCAUCCUAGCAGUUGUACUACCUUUCCAGCCUUAUGUGGAAACAGGUGGUAAAUGGGUGCAGCCAAAAGAGCAGCUCCAAGUGAAAGGCAAGACUUGGGAGGAGCAAGUUACAAACCUGUCUGAUGACGUUUUCCAGAAGAUCGGAUUUGAGGUGGAGGCUGUCACACGUUUGCCAUACUUGUGUGAGGGUGAUAUGAACCAAGAUUACUAUGUGUUAGAUGAUGCAGUAUUCGUACUCAGGCCUCAGGAAUGAGAAUGUAUUUGUCUUUCUGUUAUGAACAACUUGAAUUUGCAUGCACGUGCAGUAAUAUGUUAGUUUCUGGGAAUUGCAUUAUUUUUGGGAGGGGGCGUGGGUUAAGGGUUUAACGUGAAAUAUCUUAAAGGGCUCAAUUUAAAACCGAUGUUAGUGACUGUAUUAUGUACUACAUCUCAGGACAAUUAUAGUAGUGAUUACAUUUCUGAUUACAUUACUAUCACAUUUUGCUCCAAUAUACUGGAUUUAAAUAAAUAUAUUUCUUUAUUGCGGUGGGAUAUUAAAGAUAGGCCUAAAAAAUGUAAACUUUUUCCUAUAGCAGUUUCUUGGCUAGCACAUGCCUCCUCUAAUGAAUGUGAAGGCUGUGAACACAUCUGUACAAACUACAUUUUAUUUGGUGCUGCUAGAGGACAAAUCCUGUAGGCUAAGACGGGGGGACAAAGCCCCUGUUAAGAAAAAAUGUGUACUGUAAAGUACUGUAAAGCAUAUGGUAAUGAUGCACAGGCAGUUAGUGGAAAUAAACUGCAACAGCAGCAAAUUUUGUUUUUGUAGCACAAAAAUAAAAAUCUAAUAAAGGGGCAUCCUAACCUGAGAAAGAAGCCCCCCAAUGGAAAUCUUGCAUCAGUUGUCAUCUUUUUUUACAGAAUGUAUCAUUUAUAUGUCGAAUAACUUCUAAUCUUUGCAUUUUUUAAAAAUUAAACAUAUUAUUUAUAUCCUAAAAUACAACACACUAAAUAUACUAUUUUAAAUUACAAUGACUGGCUUUGAUCAAUUUAGGUCUUAAUGAAUCCCUAUCAUUAUAAUAAGCUAUAACAAAAUAUAGAUCACAGUAAAAUGCAAACAUCUACUUUGUAAAAUACAAAAAAUGUCAAUUUUUAUUAUUGGUUGAACCAUUCUUAAUUAUAUGUAAGUUGAUUUAACAACAAAUUAUUAUUAUUAUUAUUAUUAUUAUUAUUAUUAUUAGAGCAACUGUAUUAAUGAUAAGCAAAGCAAUAACAUUCAAUUAUAUGAUAAGAGCAACUAAUUUAAUGGUGCAGAAGAUUAAUGUACCAAAUACAACUGAUUAGGUGUGGAUGUAACUGUGUGUAGCUGCGAAGCUUACAUACAGACUCCUUUAAGAUGACUCAGAAAAUCUAGCCAAACUCGCUCUGGCUAGCACUAACCACUAAUGCUAGCUUGCUCGUGAAACUCCAGGGAACAGCUUUAACAACUUUAAAAUCUAAAGUCAUAUUUUGGGGAAGUAUGCUAAAGUGGGGCUUAUCUUUACAUUUUUCUUUUCAAAAGAACAAAUAUCUUGCACCAAAGGCUUUUUCCUUCAUAUUACUCUACUGUACUGUACUCACCAGCUGUACUUACUUCCUGAGUGAGAUAUUUGAGAGUUAUUGCUAUUAUGUGGUCUGUUUGACAUGGAGUUAGUUUAUUGUGGAUGUUGAGAAUAAACUGUUUAUGCAUCUAGACAUAAAAUGUAAUCCAGUUGUUCAGUAUAGAUAACUGGUUUUUAUUCAUCAUCAUAUAAAAACAGUAUAUUGCUUGGGAGAAGGCCUGCAUUCCGACAGAAAGCUCAUUUCACCCGCUGUGCCUACUGUGCAUCCACUUGCCUAAUUUUCUGAGAAACAUUGUAAGCAAUGUCCAAGCCUCAUUUGAAUAAAUGCUGCACAUUUUUUAGUACUGCCAACAUAGCCUUUGAUUUUGGCCAUAGCCAUAUUUAGCAUUAAAAGCUGAUCCAUUCAGAACUCCCUGUUUGAACAUUGUUCACUACGGUGAAGCAACUUCUAACUCCAGUAACUUGACAAACCAUGUGGUCGUUGGAGACCUGCAUUUAAGUCCUGUGGGGGUCUUUUAUUUUGUUCGGUUUCUGAACGACAGAAAUAUUACACUUUCAUUUUUUAUAGCAAACGGAAGUAGGGCCAAAUAUUUUUGCUGCUUUAAUUUUGACAUUUGUGAGUUCUGAUUUUUGUCAAUUAUACAGGGUUUGUAUUUUUAUACUGACAGUCAUUUGCAAAUGUGAUUAGAAUAAUGAUGAUAUGUAUGUCUCUGUAAUAUGCAUGUCUGCAAUAUUUGUGUGAAAGUUUAUCAUGAGUUAUGAGACUUGGGGCUAGUUUCAUGGAUAAGGAUUAAACCUAGUCUUGGACUAAC